CCUGGCCACCCCCCACCUGACCCUUCUACGUGCUCUCUUUAGAAAGACUGACUCCAUGGGACCUUUGGAUUCCUACCCCAAUGUCCCUAACCCGCCUGCAUGACUUGGUGCUUGAAAGGACCAAGUUUGCCAGAUGUCUUGAAAGGGUUUGGGCAGCUGUGAGGCACGUGCGUGUCCACGAGUGGGAGGGGGGUGCAGAGAGGGUUGAACGAAGAAAGACAUGCUUGAGAGUGAAGGGUACUAACGACCGCACCGGGACGCGACCCGGACCGACGUCACGGUCUCCACCCAUCUGAUGCCCCGAGUAAGAGCUGCUGAGCUGCUUCCUGCAGAGCAGGGCUGGUUAAAACAAACAGACAAACGAACUUUCUUUUAAAGGGAGGCUGACUCCGUGACAUUGGGUCCGGAACAGGCCGGAGAGUCUGAUGUCUGCCCGCUCGCAGUGCUGUGACAGGGCCCCGCGGAUGGGGAGGACCCGGGAAGGGGCCGGGGGCGUCCCCUGCCUGCCACCAGCUCCGCUCCCUUGUCCUCUGAGGGACUUCUACGGGCCGGGAAUCCCAGGUCCCUAGAGCUCAUAGCCACUUUAACUAGGCAGGGAGCGCUCUGUCCCCACUUCUGCCCAACACAGCUGGGCUCUGGGGAUGGCUUCCUGGAGGAGGCGGAAUUUAGAGCCCCUUGGACACAGGUGGUGAAGCUCUGCUCCGUGCAUCAGAGAUGGACUGGGAAGCCCUCCCAGCCCCGGAGAAGGAGGCCCCUCCCCCGAAGGAGUCAGAGCAGAAGACAACAGCUGUGGUAGACCGACCCUGCGGGCGCCUGGAACAGACAGGUUCUUUCCAGAAACAGUCCUGGGUCCUGCAGAGCGGGGCGAGUGCAGGAACUUGGCACUACUCACGCUUUGUGACCAGAGAAAGUGACGGGGCUGUGGCCCUCCUGCCCGCCGCUGUCGGUUGGACAAACGUCUCCUGCGAGAGGCACCACCGCCCAGAAACACGCACCCACACCGCGUGGCCUCGCACGUUUGCCGUGACCGGGUCGCGGGAGCCCCACGGGGGCCUGAGGACAGUGCGCCCCCCCCCAGCUGCCCAGGCCUCACCAGGGACUGCAGGCGUGUGCCGGGACGCUGGGCUCCCCGGCGGUGAGGGUGCUGCCCCCAGCCUGGGCUCUGAGGUUCUCUUUCCUGGAGUUCCCAGGCUGCAUCUGGGGAGCUACCAGAGGGAUCUGAGGCAAGGGCCCCGGGGCCCCCGCGGCCGAGUUUCUGCCCCUCCCCCAUCCUGCCUCCUCUCGGCCCCCGUGCCGCCUGCAGAGGACAGCAGGGACCCUCCGUCUCUCCAGGCUUCGCGGCCUUCCGGUGCCUGAGACACCUGUGUUAGCAGUCUUCUCACUGACGCCCUGGGACACUGGCCCCCUGAGCAGAACCCCCCCAAGGUCAUCUUUGAACUACAAGGGACCCAGAAAGCAAAAGGAGCCACCAGAAAGCCUGCUGACCCUGGAGGCGAGAAGCUGGACACUGAAUGGGCUCCUCCCCCGAUUUGCCCCCCCUUUGGACAAGGUCAUUAACCUCACUGACCUCCAGUCUCCUCGCCCGGGGCCUGGGGUGAAACCCAGGAGCGCCUGUCCUGCUUCCCGUUAAGACAGAGAUGAAAAUCCUCAAAAACACAAAGCCUGGUUGGCCCACGAGACACUUGGUGUGUGGUGUGAGGUAGGCGCAGGGCUCGUUUUGUGCACAUAGAUAUCCGAUUUCUCCAGCCCCGUUGCUAAAAGGCCCUCCUUUCUUCCAAUGAAUUAUCUUGGCGUCUCUGUUAAAAAUUGUGACCAUUUCUGCUUGGGCUUUUUCUGGGUUCUCUCUUCUGUUCUCUGCGUCUGCUGGGUUACCUUAUGCACGUGUUACGGUUUUAUUUCUGUAGUUUUAUAGAAAGCCCUGAAAUCAUGUGGGAUAAGCCCUCCAAGUUUGUUCUUUUUACUUUUUUCCCCCAAAAUUGUUUUGCCUAUUGUAGGUUUUUGUCCUUUUUAUAGAAAUAUAAACUCAGCUUUGUGAUUUUGACUUCAAACGAAGCUGCUAGAAUUUUUAUUGAGGUUGCAUUAAAAUAUAGAUCAGUUUGAAGGGAAUCACCAUCUCAAUAUUAUUGAAUCUUCUGAUUUAUGAACAGGGUAUAAUAUUCCAAAAGGUAGAACUCGUUUGAUUUCUGAAUAUUUUGUGCUUUUCAACACAAUAGUCUAGUACAUUUUUUGUUAAACUUAAUCACAGUGUUUUAUAGUUUAUAUACGGAUGAGACGUGGUGAUUCUUUAAAAUGUAAUUGGAGUGUUUACCACAAUGACUGAGUUGUUCAGGAUAUAUUUGUGGCAGAAGACAUCUUUUCUUUUAAUGUUUAUUUUAUUUUUGAGAGAGAGAGCGAGAGAGAUAGAAAGAGAGAGCAUGAACA